UAUCUUCGCCCUUUGCAAGUACUCUUGGUCUUCGCUGGCUGCCCCUUAGCUCUCUCUGAGCAAGCCCACGCAGGCGCACCGAUCAUGGCACUCUCAGACUAUCUGGUCACGGAUGACCUUACCAUCAUCCUGGCUCUCGUCGCCGCUGGCCUCUUCCUCCUACACAACCUCUACAAGCCUCAGGCCCUAGUGCAUCCCAUCUUGCUGGGAAGACAGAGCGAUGUGGCCCGAGUGAGGAACCCGAAGGAAAGCGCGGUCUACCGCAACUACAGCACUGGAAUGCUUGGACGCUUCCCUCUGCGCCCGACUAAAGACCAACACGUUCUGCUGGAUCUUGUAAAGCCGGACGCAGACGCGCCUCGUACACUUUGGUCCACCAAAAUCACGAACCCCGAGCUCAGAGCUCGCGUCGCUAACGUCGGUGCUGGCCUUCUGCGUCUUACCGGCAUCGCGCCCCAAGAGUCAAAUGUCCUGCUUCUGCUCAAUGACAGCCUCGAAUUCAUCGUUGCCGAUUUGGCACUCGCGUCGCUCUCUAUCCCUUCGCUGACCCUGUCCUCCCUCGCGUUGUUGUCACCGGUAUUCGAGAAUCACGCACCUUCGGUCAUCAUUUCCCAGGCGGAAUUCCUCCCGCAGCUCCUUGAGCUCGUUUACGAAGCGAACGAGAGCAGCCAGCACACGAUUGUCGUAGUUGGCGAUAUUAGCAAUGCGAAACUGCCCCGCUCGAACAACGUGAAGAUCGUCAAGUGGGAAGAUGUCGAGCGCGAAGGUGCCUCGGCGGACAAGCCCGCUCUCCCUGUUCCGAAUCCUGAGGAGGUCUUCACUGUAUCGUUCUUCGAGACACCCGCCGGACCCGAGGGCGUGCAACUCACGCAUCAAAACCUGACGGCCGGUGUGGCUGCAACCCGGGCCCUGAUGCCGCCCUCCAGCGCGAUGUCGCCGCUGGACACCAUUCUCUCCGCCUACCCCCUCAGCUCUCCUUACGGCCGCGCAGUCGCCUACACCGCGCUCUUCGAAGGGACCAGCUUUGUCACGGUCGACAGCACCAAGCUGAUCAAGCCCGAAGGAGCAACCCCUGCCACCGGCCUGAAGGACCUCCGCACCACGGCCUCGUACAGCACGUCUUCGCCGACGAUCCUCUUCGUCCGCCCGGACCAUCUCACGAGCCUCAGCGACACAAUCCUCCAGGAAGCGAAGAAGGCGUCCUGGCUCCUACACAACUUCGCGUGGCGCCACAAGCUCGCCGGCAUCCUCGAAGGCUACAUCACGAAGCAGAGCCUCUGGGACCGCCUCGUCUUCGACAGCGCGCGUGUGAAGGUCAUGGGCAAGGGUGCCGGCACGGUGCGCGCCGUCAUCGUCAGCGGAGGUACGCUUGAGGCGCAGGCAUUCACCCCCGCCCGCAUCGCGCUGUCCGUCCCCGUCAUCAACGCGCACACCCACCCCCUCGUCGCCGGGCCCGUCUUCGCGUCCCACGCGCUCGACCUGCAGACCUUCGGCACCGGGAACUCGGGCGCCGCAUCGACGUCCGCCGCCGACGCAUACGCGUUCACGUACCUCGCACCCGUCGGCCCGCCCUCGGUGAACGUCGAGGCGAAGCUCAGCGGCGUGGACGAUACCGCCGUCGAGGCGGGCGCGGACCCAGUCGGGGAGCUGCACGUGCGCGGGCCGUCUGUUGGGCGGCCGCUGUCUGUGACGGUUGAGGACGAGUCGCUGGAGGAGGAGCUGCGCGGAUGGCGGGCGACGGGCGAGCGCGCCAAGGUCGCUCCAAACGGCACCUUCAAGGUUGCCGUUGGUUCCAAGGCUUGAAACGUCCAGCCUCGUCGACGCUUUUGCGGAUGAUAUGCAGGUUGCGACGGGGAGGCGGAGGCGUAGGAUAUAGCUGCAUCGCUCGCUGUAUAACAUGUGGAUGCUCAAGGACUUGUUGAUCUACGACGGAGCUACAUUUAAUUGCGCAUCGACGCCGAAACGAAUAUUCGU